ACUUCAUCUCCCACCACCUCUUUCGCCCCGCCACAAACAUGGCUACCAUCCCAGUGAUUGUCAAACAUCAAGGCAAGAAAUAUGAUGUCGAACUCGACCCUACCUCCCUCGGAGAAGUCUUCAAAUUCCAGCUCUACUCCUUGACCGGUGUCGAACCGGACCGACAAAAGAUCUUAGUGAAGGGUGGCCAACUUAAGGAUGACACCGACCUCUCAAAGCUCGGCGCAAAGCCUGGACAGACUUUCAUGAUGAUGGGUACCCCUUCUGGAGGUGGUGGUGAGCUUCAAAGACCAAAGGAAGCUGUCAAAUUCGUCGAAGACAUGACUGAGGCUGAGGCUGCAAAGCAAGUUGGUGCCAUUCCGGCUGGUCUUCAGAACCUUGGAAAUACUUGUUAUCUCAACUCGACUCUACAAACAUUACGAGCCGUGCCAGAACUCCAGCAGGAGUUGGCCAAAUACACGCCGGCGCCGCCCGCUGCUGGCACGAGUGGAACUUCUCUCGGAGACUUGAGUAUGUUUGGACUUAGUGGUCUGGGAGCCUCGGCGGAUUUGACUGCUUCAUUGAGGGAUCUGUACAAGCAAAUGGGCGAGACUCAAGAUGGAUUCCCACCACUGGUUUUCUUGAACGCUCUUCGAACCGCUUUCCCACAAUUCGCCCAAAAGUCUAAGUCUGGUCAUGGUUAUGCUCAGCAAGACGCGGAGGAGGCUUGGUCACAAAUUGUAUCACAAUUACGCCAAAAGCUGAAGCUUAAGGAACCAAAUGAAGGCAGCACUGAAGCAAAGGAAAUAUCUUUUGUUGAUAAAUACUUUGCCGGAGGAUUCUCAUCGAUAACCGAAUGCGAUGAACAAGCUGCCAGAGACGGUGGCGAGGAGGCGGUCAAGAGUGACGAUGUAUUCUUGAAACUCGAUUGCCACAUUAGCGCUACAACAAAUCACUUGAGAGACGGUAUUCUAGCCGGUUUGGAAGAAAAGAUUGAGAAGAAUUCGUCCGUCCUCAACCGAGAUGCGAUUUAUACCAAGAAGUCCAAAAUCUCGCGGCUGCCAAAGUAUUUGACUGUUCACUUCGUUCGAUUUUUCUGGAAGCGCGAAGCUCAGAAGAAAGCAAAGAUCAUGCGCAAGGUCACUUUCCCGGAUGAGUUAGACGUCGUCGAAUUCUGCACGGACGAGCUUAAGAAGAUGUUGAUCCCUGUUCGAGACAAGGUUCGGGAGGUCCGAAAGGAUGAAGAGGAUGUCGAGAGAGCCAGAAAGCGACAAAAACGCAUUCACGACAAGCAAGUCGCCGACGAAGCGGCGGGAAUUGUAGAUUCUGUUUCGGAGUCUCAGAAAGCCGACGAAAAGAAGGCCGAGGACAAGAAGAAGGAAGCCAAGGCUGCUGAUGGAGAUACCACAAUGGAGGAUGUUGUCUACAAGACUGAUGCCAAAGUCGAGGCUGAGCGAGCUGCCUCAAUCCUUGCAGCCAAGAAGGAGCUCCACGCUUUGAUCGACCCCGACCUUGAGAAGGAUGAGGGAGCAAAUAAAUCUGGUCUCUAUGAGCUUCGUGGUGUUGUUACGCAUCAAGGCGCCAGUGCAGACAGUGGUCACUACACUGCUUAUGUCAAGAAGGUUGGCCCACUUAAUCCAAAGACUGGCAAGCGUGGUGAGGAGGAUGGUAAGUGGUGGUGGUUCAACGAUGACAAAGUUUCCGAGGUCGACGCUGAUAAGAUCACAACCUUGUCUGGUGGCGGAGAGUCUCAUUCUGCAUUGAUCUUGCUUUACAAGGCUAUUCCCUUGCCCUCUGCGGAAGGCCUAGCGGAGUGAGCAUGUUUGCUUGUAGAUACAUGCAUGGGUUUGGGCGUUCCCUCGCGGCAUUGGAAGAUUGGUUGAUUGAAAUUGCGGUGGUGCUUUACGGGACGUAGACGAGCAAUUGAUAGUAUGAAUAGACGCCUAUUGGCCUACAUUAUGAGACUCC